GAUAUUUUGCUUAUUUGUAUCCGGAGUUGCCUCCAUUGCCGCACAAAAACACGCCAUACGAUUAUGUUAUCCGACUAAUAUCGUCCAAUUUCGAGGUCCCGGAGAUGUUUCAUAGAGACACACAAAUUAGACAAUUGACGUGUUGAUAUAUUUGUUAUCUCAGUUAAGUUUCGUUGCUAUGUCUACCGCAUACGGGAAUCCCGUUUGUCCAGAGAAUUAGCAGCUAGCUGCUAGCCGUCCGUACUGUGUGCUUGUUUACUUCUAGUAGCGAUAGUUUGCGUUACAAACACACCAGUUUGCUUCUUCUUCUUCACAAUUCAUCUGAUAAAAAAUAAGCUGUGGACUAUAAAUCAGGAUCGGAGAGAUUCAGAAGAUGCUGGCGACCGGAGCCGCUGUCACUAACGUCACAGCCCUGGCCCAGGUAGACAGGGAGAAGAUCUACCAGUGGAUCAAUGAGUUAUCGAGCCCAGAGACCAGAGAAAAUGCCUUGUUGGAGCUUAGCAAGAAACGCGAGUCUGUGCCGGACCUGGCACCGAUGCUCUGGCAUUCCUGUGGUACUAUUGCUGCCCUGUUGCAGGAAAUAGUGAACAUCUAUCCAUCUAUAAACCCACCUACCCUCACGGCUCAUCAGUCUAACAGAGUGUGUAAUGCCUUGGCUCUUCUUCAGUGCGUUGCCUCACACCCAGAGACACGGUCGGCUUUUCUAGCAGCCCACAUUCCUCUUUUCCUUUAUCCCUUUCUGCACACUGUUAGCAAAACACGGCCCUUUGAGUACCUGCGACUUACCAGCCUCGGUGUCAUAGGUGCCUUGGUCAAAACAGAUGAACAAGAAGUGAUCAACUUCCUUCUCACCACUGAAAUCAUCCCACUGUGUCUCCGCAUCAUGGAAUCAGGGAGUGAACUCUCCAAGACGGUUGCUACUUUCAUACUACAGAAGAUCCUGUUGGACGACACAGGGCUGGCCUAUAUAUGCCAGACGUACGAACGUUUCUCACAUGUGGCGAUGAUUCUCGGAAAAAUGGUGCUGCAGCUCUCGAAAGAACCAUCAGCUCGUCUGCUGAAGCAUGUUGUUCGCUGCUAUCUUCGCCUCUCGGAUAAUCUCAGAGCCAGAGAGGCCCUGCGCCAGUGUCUCCCGGACCAGCUGAAGGACAGCACCUUCGCCCAGGUCCUGAAGGAUGACACCACCACCAAGCGCUGGCUGGCACAGCUGGUCAAGAACCUGCAGGAGGGUCAGGUCACCGACGCCCGAGGCAUCCCACUGGCUCCACAGUGAUGGGCUGGUCGGUCGGUCGGUUCACAGAACACCAAUGGACUCACUGUCUAGAAUUUGUACUUUGCCAAAUACGGUGCUAAGACUGAAAUAAAGGACACAAUAGAGGAAGAUAUUUUUGCUUUUGGAUAGGUUAAUUAUCACAUUGGGUACUUGUGGGGCGAGAGGCCAACUCACAAUAAAACGUUUUGUAAGAGCUCGGACAGAAUAAACUCAGAUUAUAUUCAGAUAUUUUAGAAUAAUUUAAAUGUUUCUUUAUCACAACUCUUCGGGUGGGGAACAGUGUAGUCGUCGAGAUAACUGUGUGAACACAAUCCAGCAAACAUAGACAGUAUUUCUUUUAUUUCAACAGUAAACUUCAAUGAAAUAAACAACCUUGGUUACAAGCAGCAAGUUUAAAGCAUGUUUGAGGAUUACAAAGUAAUUCUUAUCUGAAGGUAAACACAUAAAUCACUAUCUGGUCGUCAGCGUAAACCCAACUCAUCUGUCGGCGCUCUGGGCUUCUCCUCUGACUCUGUGUGACGUUCCACUUCACAUGUUGUGCACUGAUACUCUAUGCAGCAGUUUGUUUUGUCAGUGUGCUGUAAUUCUGCUGUUUUCUGUGAGUUUUCUGGGAAAUGCGCACUUCUGUCUUGAGUUAAAUCUCAGGAGCUCAGCUGCUUUUGUAUUUCAGAAAUAAAUGGAUCUCUUCCA